UAAACAUAAUUGAAGAGUUAUUUUUUUACAAGAAAAAACCUCCCGCCUCUAAAAUGAGCUUAUUAAUGUCGUCCUCUGUAUCAUUUCUGUUUGCAUCAUCAAAUCCAUUUCUUUUCCUCUGCGUCCAUUUAAUUGAAGCGUUAAAAAAACAAAACAUAAUUAGCAUUUAAAUCUCUUUCCUACAGUCGCUUGCCUUCCUCACAUCGCUCUCUCUCUCUCCUCUCUUACUCUAGCAGACUCUACAUGUCUCCGUUGCCUCGGCAACCAAUGCUUUUUUCCUCCCCUCCCUUGCUCUCUGUAUCUCCCCCCCUACUCUCUGUCUCCCUCUCUCAUUCCCUCUCUUCACUGCCAGAGGUAGGAAUGAUAACUGAUAUGUGUCGGAGCGCUUGUGUGUCUCUGUCCGUCUUCGUGUGUGUGUGUCUAUGAGUGACAUUUCUGUGGCAUUCAGGCAGCGCUUGUAGAUAGGAAGUUACCUCUCUCUGCUCAAAGUGCCACAGAAAGUGUUGGCUCCGUGCAUGACGCCUCUAAUGAUGAUGAAUGUGCUGCGCUCAGGUGUGUGAUCCUUGAGUGUGUGUGACAGAGCAGAACGGACAAUGUGUGUGCACUUUUGUGUGUUCUUGAGUGCAGAUGUGGAUGAACAUGUGGUGCAUAAUUGAGUGUUAAAUUUAAAAGCCCAGGGGUGCGUUUGCAUGUGUGUGUGUGUGUUUUGAAGUAAUGACAGUUCUGCCAGCGAUGGUUUUUAUGUUUACAUGUUUUUAUCUGGUAACAUUGAAGAAGAAAAAAAGCUGGACCCUCCCCCUUUCUUUCUCUCGCUCUCUCUCUCUCUCUCUCUCUUUUUCUCUUGCCCCUCUGUCCUUCCAUACAGAGAGAGAUGAUCGGAGGAGCGGAGUCUCAGUGAACAGAGCGAAGCGAUGGAGAGAUGCUCCAUCUCUCCUGUCGCACGACUGACUGCCCUCCGCUGCCUCAUCUCCCUCCUCCUUAUUGCUCUGGUGACACAGCCCUCCACCUGUAACCGUGACGACAGCGAGGGCGAGGAGGAUCAGGUGGACACCCUGUCGGUCCAGCUGUCUGUCACAGCCCAGGUCACGCCCACUCCUCUGUGGGCGGUUGUCUGGGGUCCCACGCAACCUCUGGAGGAUGAGACCUACCACUUUCUCUCCAGCCAGGAACCUGACCCCCUGCACCCGCACGGGAGCCAGCAGGAGGACAGCUCCGCCAUAUCUGUGAAUUGGCCUUUUCCCAGUUCAAGCAUGCAGCCAGGAGAGGAGGCACCGCUCGAGUCUAGAGACCAGGAGGGAGCGGAUGAUGGAGAAAUGGAGGUGGAGCCUGAGGAAGUGGACCCUCAGUUUUAUGUCACUGUGACCAUCUCCUCCCUGCUCAUCCUGACAGCAGUCAUCAUAACAGCAAAACUCUGUUAUGAUCGCAGCUGUUCCCAGCAUCCGCCCCCGCUUUCCCGUGGCGUGGCUCCCCCCCUCUCCCUUGCGCUCCCUCGCUCCCUGGGUUCGGAGGACAGCCGGCAGACGCUACACAGCACCUCCUCCUCCUUCACCGACAGGGAGAGGUAAUGAGUCGCCUCGGCAGCUCGGCACAGUCUGGGAUCCCAGUAGUGAACCUCUGAGGUGACUGUUUUUCCAUAUGGUAAACAUUUCUACAAGGCCUGAGGAGGAACAUCAACACGAACCAGAGGGUGUGCCCACAGCGUCGUUUUAUUUUCUCUGAAACUGUGAAAUGAAUUCAGGGAUCCCAGGUAUCCAGCCAUCACAAAACUCCUUGGCUCCCCUGAGGUCUUAAAAUCAUCUCCCUGCUGCUCCCUCCCUGGUUCCUUCCUUCCUUCCUUCCUUCCUCUAUGCUCCGUGCUAAUUUCUUUUAUGUGGCUCUGCAUCACUGUAACCUGCUCCUUGUUUUCCAUCCCCUGUAUGGCCCCAAGCUCUGCCAAAAUACCCAACCGCUCUGUGUUUCGACCUGCCUUGACUAAUUGACAAACAGGCAGUUUAACAGCCAUGCAGAAUCUCAUUACCCAUGAAAUGCCCUACCUGUGCUUCCACAACUGUUUCCAAUAACUCAGUAUUAGCUCUAAUGCAGCCGACUGUUCUUUCACUCAUUUUCAGUUCAGUGUAGCAGCCUCGUAUCUGGCGGGUAUAGUGUUAAAAAGCCUUUCACAGCAUCUCCAAACACUGAACGGGGUAUUUCACAAAGCUCAUUGGCACAGCUCUGGCCAACAGGCAAUGUGUUUAACAUGUCACGCUCCAAAAACUGCUGUUUAUCCCCCCGCUUUGGGCUUGAAAUGCAAAUAGUGUGGAUUUUUCCCUCUGCAGAGUGUGCAGGAGUCUGUUUUGUUUAGGUUUUUUUUUUUCCCCUCAUGAUUUGUUCUCUUAAUUAUGUGGCUGACGUUCACCCCUUUGUGGAGCACCCUUUGUUCCUGCUGGACUGUGUAGAGGUGUGUUAGGCAUAGAGAACCUCCACUGGUGGAGAUUUGAAAAAAAAAAAAAAAAAAAAACAUAAAGCAAAAGUGGGUUGGAUGGAAGAGACAUUCCUGUUGAAAAUCAAUGUUUCCCAAAGGUUUCGGAUUGCGCACAACAAAGACAGAUUUAUUUCGUCAUGGAAAUGAGCAUCUGUGAACUGUACGCGAGAUCAAAGGACUGACAAGUACCACAAAAAGGAUUUUAUUUUCAGUGGACAGCCUAGAAUCUUAACUUGGAAAACAAAACCACAAAAAUCUUGCUUCAUAUCAGCAUCAAGAAACUACAUAUCCAAAGGAAAGAAGUACAUCAAGGAACAUCUUCUCUGCCUCUCUGAAUCUGCAUGUAUAUAGUAAGAAAACUUGUAAGAGUCGCUUCAAAUCUAUAAUUUAUAAAUGUCUAUUUUAUCUAUCAGUGAAUUAAAUCUUAAAGAAUCUUCUGAAGCCAAAUGUCAGGUUGCGUUUUGCAACUUUUCGGAGCAUCUUUGAGACAUGAAUCCCCUCCAGUUACACACAUUUCCACUACAGACAUAGUGCUGGUGGCUUCGUGCGUGGCUCGUGUAGAAACCUACAGAUAUAAAGUCUUGUGAUUUUUAGUAGCAUUUCUGUAUAAAUGUGGUCUUUCUGUACCAUGGAAGUUCAAUAAAGACUGGCGUUUUA